AUGUUCCUGUUGUAGACAUAGUACCUACAGCAAAGAAAUGCACACAAAAUAAGAAACUUAGAUCACCCGAAUCAGAGCCGUGGUGGAAAACAGCACUUACUCUUAGUUACCUUAAAGUCGCUGCACCACAUCAUAAAAAACUAUGGGAAGAUAAAUACAAUAAAGCUCGCGAAUAUCUUUCUAAACAAAUUGGAGAUGCAGCAGCAGAAAAAGAAUUAUUAGAUUGCGCCGACGCGUAUGUCAUUGAUAAUGUCACUAAAAAGGUUGAGAAAGAUCAUAAGAAGACUGCUGCACUUCCUAUUAUUCAGGAAGCAGCUUCUCCCGAGAAACACAAAGAAAUUGUAUCCAAACAAAAAGAUGAUGGUUGUAUUGAGUUGGAUGAUUCAGUGUGCAAAGAAUUAGAUGCUCCCAAGGAGGAUAUUAUUACUACAAUUAGAAAGAAGAUACCUAACAAAAAACUUCAAUCACCUGAAUUUUCAUCAAGUCUUGAAACCGCUAUUAACCUUUCAUAUCUAAAAAAUGCUGCGGGUAAAUAUGAAGAUGACUGGAAAGACAAAUAUAAUAAAGCCC